UGGCGGGAUGCUCCCCGAGUAUGUCAAGGAUGAUCCGGUGGGGUAUCAUGUGAGCGCCAGUCGGCCGGGCGACGGAGGGGGGUAUACCGAAGGACUGGUCAAGGCCUACAACGACCAGCACGGCACCGUCCUCGUUCGCUUUGAUGACGGCGAAGAAGCGUGGUAUGGACCAGAGGACAAACUAAUGUUUCUGCAGCCAUCGGUUACUUCUUCACCCAAACAUCCGCCCCCAGACAACCCAUUGCAGUGGAAGGUGCGCGUGGCCAGUGGGAAGCAGGGCCGGGUCGUGGGGUAUUCCGCCCCGUUGGCUCAAAUCCUCAUGGAUUCGGGGGAGUCUGUCUACGUUAACAUCGCCACCCACGACAUUCAGUUUUUGUAUUGCACGUCCAUCUUUCAGUUUGAAAGCACCCCCCGCCACCCCGAAACGGAACAUGACCCCCAACCGUCAACAUUACCCCUUUUUGCCAAACAAUUUGACGUGACCGACGUCCGGUCCAAGCUGUCGACCUAUCGAUUGAUUCUUGAGCACUGCCAAAGCUCCCCAGCGUGGCAGACGAAGAUUGGAUCCGACCUGAAAGCCAUCGAAAACGACCACCGGCGCAUUCAUUUUGUGUUUCAAGAUCUGCAAGCCACCGACCGGGGGCUUCGGCUGGCGGCCGCCCGGUGCAUUUGCGCCUUGGCCUACGAAAACGAGCUCAACCAAUCCAUUCUCUCCACGGAAAACGGACUCACGGUGGAGUGGCUGCGGGUGUUUUCGAUUCCAUCCAAGUUCCAACGUUUGUACGACGACCAGUGUAAAUCCGAGGGCCGGGUGCCAGAUCAAGAGGAUUUUAUUCGGUUUCUCACGGCGCUAGUGAGAUCAAAUAUGCCCACAGUCGCUGCAAGCGUCUACAAAUUCUGCGACAAAGCCGCCCACGUGCCGAGAUUGUGGUGCUAUCCCCCUGUCGCAGGCAGUGUGAACGAGUGGAGCACCAUCCCAGACCCGGAAUCCCAUCUCAUUGGGUUCAUCCUCACCCCUCGGGCUGCCUUGCCCAAACAUCUCACGCGAGCUGAUAUACAAGACCUAACGGAUCUAUUCACUCCUGACCUAUCUGUGAUGACGCUGCUGAAAAAAGCCCAAGUCGUGCAGGCCUCGCUGGCAUCCCCCGCGAACAGAUUCGCCUUGUACGAGGCGCUGAAAGAGGACCCGUUGCUCGAGUUGCUCUUGGAAGACCACCCCCCACUUGCGGGGUUGCUGCAGACGUUCGAAAUGGAGGCAGCAAUUUCCUGGCGGGAUUUGUUUGGGUACUUGAGCACGAGAAUACACGUCGAUAUCUUAACGAAGACGUGGGGCGCCGACUUGAUGCCAGAAUUGCUGCGGCUGUUCGUGUCCCUGAUACCCGUUCCCAGUCCCUGGUUAUUCCACCACAGCUGGGUGUGGCAGUCGCAGCUUCGCGCCACACUAGAAACCAGCGCGUUGUUAAAUGGCAUUCACCUGUUCUUCGAGGCCUUUGAAGAUACAGAGUCGCCAGUUCAAUUGGUGAUGGCGCUGACGCACCUAAGGAGGUUAGAGGUGCCGCCGGCCCCAAAACCCCCCGGAACCAACCCCCGACGAAAGGCAUCCAAGGGAGACCAUCGCAUUUCCCUGGCGAUUGUAUCGGCCCAAGAAGCGGUCCGCGCGCUCAAAGCCAUCCAGGCCAAGCACCACGCCGAGUCGAGUUUUCAAAAGCACCUGUCGGACGUUAACACGAUCACGACGUACGUGAGCCAGAACGCGCAGAAGCUGCACGACCAGGUGCUGCAGCACGCGUACACGCCGCUGGUUCUGACCCCGCUCUGCACGAAUUUGGACGAGAUUGUGUCGAGUAUGCAGGACAUGAAGCACCAGACCCAACAGGACAAGGAGCUGGCGGUUUCGACCAACAAGGAGCGGCUGCAAGAUGAGGAAAAGCAGCACCAGGCCGCCGUGGACGCCAAGAAACUCAAGUGGCAGCUCCAGUGCGACGCCAUCGAAGCCCAAAAACAGCAGAAAAAACAGGCCACGACCGCGAAAAACGAAAAGAAAGCAGCUCGUGUGCGCCAAGAGCGUCAGGCGCUGGCCCGUCGCCGCGACCAGGAGGUGCGCAAACUGGAGCAAAAAGUGGCCAAAAUCAUGCAGAGUCCGCGCCACGCGGCCGAGUUCAAGCCCGUGCUCAAGCCCCACCCACCGCCCAAACCCCGAAUCCCCGAAACCCCGAACCCCCCGACCGUCACUUGCCCAUCGGUCUCGUCGUCAGCGUGUCGGCCGCAGAGCGCGCGCGUGGUGCGAGACCGCACGGUGGCGUUCGGGAACAUGGUGUCCAAGCUGCACUCGGUGGAAGUGACGAUGAAAAAGGAGCAGACGAAAGCGAUGUGGCGGCACGUGCAUAGUGAAAACAAGAGGUUUCAACCGCCCGCGCUGUUGAGUGUGUCGAAUUGCGUGGCGAUUGAGUCCAAACAUAAGUCCAAACUCUUGUUUAAGUCGUCGUCCCCCCCAACGAGCCAAUCAAAUCAACAGCCGAUGAACCUCCAGCGGGCCAUCACGAGCCUCGACCUGCCCCUGGCCAACGAAGCCACGUGCAUUAAACUGGCGUCGGAGCUCAUUCCACCGGCUGUGAAACCGCCAGACAUCGACGACGACAGCUCUAAUUCUUAUUGCGUUAUGGCCAAAUACAACCGAACUCUUGACGACGACCAACGCCAGGUGUUCAAAGCCCGCUUUUCGAGCAACCACGUCAAGCUCAAUCACCGGCUGUCGUACGCCGUGCAAGAGCAAUACGUGCAUAUGGCGAGGCGGAAUCAAGCGUGGGGCGCGUUUUGUGCCAGCUCACGAAUCUACUCGGACGACCCCGAGCAGCUCAAGCGCACGGAGUUCGCCACCGUGGCCAAGAAAGUCGGAAUUGUGCUCCGAGACGACGCAGAGUACGAAGCCGUGUGUCGACGGCUGGACAAGAACUUGACGGGGUUUCUGACGUGGAGGGAUUUCUACGAGUGGUUCUUAGACCAGGAUUUGAAGCACGCGAUGGGAGUCAACCCAGAUCGCCGGUCCAGCGCGGAAAAGUAAUGAAAAAAAUCCGCAUUUAGGAAUCAAUCCCAACGACGGUAGUCGAUUGGGGACUCGUCUAGAGUUCAUUUGACC